AUGGCUUCGCUCACUGUCAAGGCCUACCUUCUGGGUAAAGAGGACUCGACACGCGAGAUCCGCCGCUUCAGCUUCUGCGUCAGCCCAGAGCCCGAAGCGGAAGCCGAGGCCGCGGCUGGACCCGGGCCCUGCGAGCGACUGCUGAGCCGGGUGGCCGCCCUGUUCCCCGCUCUGCGGCCCGGCGGCUUCCAGGCGCAUUACCGCGAUGAGGAUGGAGAUCUGGUUGCAUUUUCCAGUGAUGAGGAGCUGACAAUGGCAAUGUCCUAUGUGAAGGAUGACAUUUUCCGUAUUUACAUAAAAGAGAAAAAGGAGUGCCGGCGGGAACACCGCCCCCCAUGUGCUCAGGAUGUACCCCGAAGCAUGGUACACCCCAAUGUGAUCUGUGAUGGUUGCAAUGGUCCUGUGGUGGGAACCCGAUACAAGUGCAGUGUCUGCCCAGACUAUGACCUGUGUGCUGCCUGUGAGGGGAAGGGCAUGCACAAGGAGCACAGCAAGCUGGCCUUCCCUAGUCCCUUUGGGCACCUCUCUGAGAGCUUUUCUCAUAGCCGCUGGCUCCGGAAGCUGAAACAUGGGCACUUUGGGUGGCCUGGCUGGGAAAUUGGCCCACCAGGCAACUGGAGCCCUCGGCCUCCUCGAGCAGGGGAUGCUCGUCCCAGUUCAGCAGCUGAAUCAGCCUCUGGUCCCUCAGAGGAUCCAAAUGUCAGCUUCCUGAAGAAUGUAGGGGAAAGUGUGGCAGCUGCGCUCAGCCCUCUGGGCAUUGAAGUUGAUAUUGAUGUGGAACAUGGAGGGAAGAGAAGUCGCCUGACACCUGCUUCUACAGAGAGUUCCAGCACAGAGGAAAAGAACUGCCCACAGCCAAGCAGCUCCUCUUCUGUCCCCAGCAAACCAGAGGGCAACGAGGAUGGCACAGCACAGUCUCUGACAGAGCAAAUGAAAAAGAUUGCCUUGGAGUCUGUGGGACAAUCUGAGGAACAGAUGGAGUCUGAUAACUGUUCAGGAGGGGAUGAUGACUGGACACAUUUGUCCUCAAAAGAAGUUGAUCCAUCUACUGGUGAGCUCCAGUCUCUACAGAUGCCAGAAUCUGAAGGACCAAGCUCGCUGGACCCUUCCCAGGAUGGUCCCACAGGCCUAAAGGAAGCAGCAUUGUACCCACAUCUUCCACCAGAAGCUGACCCCCGGCUGAUUGAGUCCCUCUCUCAGAUGCUGUCCAUGGGUUUCUCUGAUGAAGGUGGCUGGCUUACCAGGCUCCUGCAGACCAAGAAUUACGACAUUGGAGCUGCUCUGGACACCAUCCAGUAUGCAAAGCACCCACCGCCAUUGUGA